UCGAGUUCUUUCGGUCGAGCACUCUGCUGUGAGCAGUCGAAAAGUGAGGUAGUGUAACAUCGCGCAAUAAAACGAUCGUAAAAUAACACGCGAAUUUAAGUUUGAUAAUUAAUUAGUGAGAGUGUAUUGUGCAUUGUUUUGGAACGGCUGUUAUGUUAGCACCAAAGAUGUGCUGAUUCAAAAAUUUCGGUGUUAGCUGAUAAUGGUGUGAUUUCGUCCUUUUGAUGUGUCAAUAAUGGCAUUCUACCGAUGUGGUCCGACGGCGAUCGGAAGCCGGGCGUCAUGGUCCGUGACCAGCCCUGAUAAGACAUACGAGCGUCCUCUAAGUGGAAAUUAUGAUAGGAUCUUCAACGCCUUUGAGAGGACCAACGCGUUUGAGUACGUCAAGAGCACCUUCGAGGGGAAGGAAGAAAGGCAUACAGGAUGCGGUGAAUUGGUGGUAAAUCGCAGAAUGUCGAGCAGUUUCGAGAGGGCGGACUGUGCGCUGGCUGCGCAGACGCCGUGUUCUGAAGACGAGGAGUUUUAUAAGGAGAAGGUGCUGUACUCACAAGCCAGACAGCUGUUCCCAUUACAGGAGGACUUGGCUGAUUGGAUUAAUAAGACUAUAGGUAUAACAUAUCUCACGGGCGAGAACUUCCUAGAUGUUCUGGACAACGGUGCUGAAUUGUGUCAGUUGGCUGCCGUCAUACAUGACCGGGCGCGGGAGGCGCUCGACCAGGGAAUUAUAGUUGGGCCGGUGCCAGCAAUCAGAGGAAGAUGUUGGCAGCGUGCAGCAAGGCGCAGCUUCUUCUCGCGGGACAACGCCGAGAACUUCAUCACCUUCUGUCGUGAAUUGGGCGUUCAUGAAAACUUGCUCUUUGAAAGCGAUGACCUAGUCCUUCACAACCAACCACGACAGGUGAUCCUCUGUCUUCUCGAAGUGGCAAGACUGGCCACGAAAUUCAACGUAGAGCCUCCAGGCCUAGUCGCGCUGGAGAAAGAAAUCGCGCUUGAAGAACGGGAUUCGGGAUUAGAUUCAGCUAUGUCUGGAGCAGGCUGGCAGUUCAGGGACUCAUCACCACCUCAUGAUAAACCAACCAAAAAAGAGAAACAAGCAUUGGAACCUAAUGAAACCUUAAAUUCCAGCAUUAAUAGGCCUACUGUCGAUCCUCGCAACCAACAGAUUCGGAUAUAUAUCAAUAAUCCAUUUUGCUUACUUGUUUUUAUGGAGUUUUAUGGAAUACCUUUUAUUACAAAUGAAGUAUGCGUAGAGGACAGUGUGGAAGUGGCGAGCACGCGAUCAGAUAGCUCCUCUGACACUGAUGUUCCACUCAGACCGACGAACGAGCUCGACAAAAGGGUGCAGUCGAUAACACGUCUAUUGGAGCGUGGCUGCAGUUGUGGUUCUGGGAAAUGUUCACGGCUGCUAAAAGUAAAGAAAGUGGGUGAAGGACGGUAUAACAUCGCUGGCAGAAAUGUCUUUAUAAGGUUACUAAAAGGUCGCCACAUGAUGGUCCGCGUCGGCGGUGGCUGGGACACUCUGGAGCACUUCCUAUCUCGUCACGAGCCCUGUCAGGUGCGCCUUGUCACUCCAGGACGCCGAGACCUCCUGCCACUCGCACCCACACCCGCUUCCAACACCGCAAAGGAGAGAACUACACCGUCACCCACCAACCGUAUCACACCCAAUAGAACCACCCCAUCCCCAAGUAGUACCGAAAAGAUCUCACCGCGGAACAGCGUCUCUCCGUCGAGUAGCAAAACCUCCCUCAAAGAGUCUUCCGUUUCCCCAGCUCAUAGCAAAGCUUCGAUCGACAGCUCAUCUGUCGAGCCUUUCAAGCAAAAACCCAAGAACAUCCCAAAGACAUCCACACCUAAUAAACCGGUUACGAGAAAUCGUUCCGCCUUAACCUUACCCCUGAACGAGAAACCGAGAAAGCAAUCUGCCCCCGCCAGCUUCAGCACUCCAAACACACCAAUAAACAGACCUGAACAGAGAAAGUCCGUGCCGACCCCCAAAAAAUCUCGCAGCAUGAGUCUCGCGAUCCAGAAUGAUAAGAAAUUCUGCGGCACGGACAGAUUGAACCAAGCCAGAAAAUCCAGCGUGCCUGACGCGCGAAAAACUAGAAGCCAAAGUCUAGCUUCAACGCCAAUAAAUGAGCCGAAGAAAUCGCUGCCGACGUAUGGAAAGAAGACAAGAAGCAUGAGUCUAGCCACCACAAAUGACUUUCCGAAGCCUUUGAAAAAGAGUCUGUCGGCCAGCAGCACUCCAGUGACGCAGGCAGCUAUAGAAGAGAGUAUAAGGUUGUCGUUGGAAGCGACGAUUGCUGACCCUACGUCACCUAAGAAGCCAUUCCUUCAUAUCAAAGCCAAAUAUAGAAGUCCACCACCAAGAGAAGUGCCGCCAAGAUAAUUCAUUCCAUAAGGAACUUGUGGAGCAUUUUCAUAAAUGUGAUAAGCAUGUGUCACCCUCGGAAAUCAUCACAUAAGUUAUUUUGGUAAUUCUUUGUCAUAUAAACCGCACUCCACGUAGUAAGUUCUGACAGAUAGACACUAGAUAAUGUCAAAUUGGCAUAAACUAAAAGCUCCUCUUGAGCGAUGUCAAGUCCAUAGAGAAACAAAUGACAGUUGACAACUUUAAGAAUACGGUCAGAGCAAGAAAAUACAAAUACAAAGUAGAAAAUAACAAUCUUGCUUACAUUUUGAUGGCUUGGAUACGGUGUGGCGCUAAAGCAAACACAGAUUAUGGAAUUACAAAAUACUUUGUGAUUAAAACAAACUCUGCUCCCAAAGUUCCUUUACCUGUAUAAUACCGGAACGUAGAUUUUAUAAAUACGCAUUAUAAAAUCGACUAUUCAAUGGUAUGUUAGCUUUAGUAUUGUGUUUGCACGCAUAGAUUUUCAUAGAAUUAGUAAAACGCAUGAUUAAUGUGCAAGAUUUUGUUUAGGUUCAGUAAUGCCCACAGCGCUGCUCAUAAUAUCAAUUCUAUUUUCAAUUUAAUAACAUCUUUAGUUACCCCAUAUACAAACUAUAAUAAAUGCUAUAUAAAUAUUAAAUGUCAAUCAUACCAUAACGAUACUUGCCAAGAUGCUUUUACGAUUUGUCAGUUGUCAAUGUAAGACCAUUUGUCAGAGCUUGACAUGGAACACCACAGACUAUAUGACAAUAAAGAAUAAAAAUAAUUCAAGAUAGAUUAUAUACACCCAGUGGCUGUAUCUGUUUCGUGAUCAUUUGUUUUUUCUAAUCGGCCAGUAGGUCACCUUCUUAUCCUGUCUCACCGAAUUUGGGUCUAUAGCAGGGUUUCCUUACGAUAUUUUCCUUCAGCAUAUGAGCAAGGCUUAAAAUGACAUCAUCAUUCGUAAGACCGACAUCAUCAUCGUAAUGAUGAUGUCACUUAAUCAUAUUAAAAAAUCAGAAUAUUCCUGGGUUCAUGAAUAACUCUUAAAUAUUUUACGUAAUAACAAAGUGUUCCCCGAGGUUUACGUCUCAAUUUUCUCAUCUCCUAACCAAUUCAUUGAGCAGUGUUGGCCUAGUGGCCUAAGCGUGCCACUCUCGUCCCUGAGGUCUUAGGUUCAAUCCACCUACUUGCCUAUUAGACUGAUAAAAGAAGUUCAUGAAACAGUUACAUAAAUCUGAGGCCCUAAAAAGUUGCAGUGCCACUGAUUUUUAAGGCAUUCAUUGAAAACAAAUGCAAAUUUUAUUCAAAACUAGCUAACUUCGUUUCGCCUUAAUAAGAUUUUUUAUUUAGACUACCUCUUUAGUUUUGCAAUCCCAUACGAACUGUUCGCUUUUCCGGAAUAAAAGCCUUAAUACUAAGUAAAACUACAUUUAUCAAUUUGUUUUAUAUUCCAUUUUUCUCUCCAUAAAAACCUUCUCCCAGACAUCAAGGGAAUCGAUCAAAAAAUCCCGAAUUGGUCCAGCCGUCUCCGAGUUUUGCAAAACAAAAAUAUGCGAUUUAUUUUUACUUAUAUGAUUGAAAUAAUGAAGUAUUUUAUUUAUUUGAGCAUAAAUGUUACAUAUAAAAUAUCAGCUCUAACUACGACUCGCGUAUGUCAAUGUCACUUUUGACAUGCGGGAGCCAUACUUAGACUUUGAAUCUCACGUAUGAACUAAACAGAUACAUGAAUAUUCAAUGUUAUGGUAAAUCUAUGCGAUAUUUACUUGAUAAGAGUUAUAGUAUUAAAUUCGGCGCUAGUUUAGUAUUAGGCCGUUAGCUCAACGCGAUAUCAUGGCGACAUAGCUGGCAACGUGUACAAGCUAUUUGUAUUGAAUUGUAUGGGAGUUAACUCAGUUGGCGAAGGUUCCAGAAAAGGAAGGAAGAAAAGAAGGAAAUAAAGAAAAGAUGGCUUCAGAAUAGGUUUUGAGGCUUUGGUUCACUCCAAAGUGAGGUAACUGCCAUACAUUUUAAUACAAAAUGUUUGGGUACGUAGCCAGCGAUGUUACCAUGGCAUCACGGUGCGUUAGCGGCUUUAGUGUUACUUUUUAUUUAAAUUUCUCAUGUAGUUUCAUUAAUGCUCCCACGGGAGACUAGUCAUAAUUUGUUAUUGCAAUAAUUUAUGUGAAUAUCCCUAUUGUAUACGAUGCUUCUGGAUUUAAUGGUACAAAAUUGUUGAAGUCCACACAAGUCUAUUUUCAUAAGACAAUAACAAUAUUUUUGCACCUAGAUAAGCACUAGAUAGAUUAAAAAAUUUUCUACGAAUCAAUUUCUUCCAUUUGACAUUUUAAUACCAAUUGUGACACACGAGCUUGUAGUGCUGUUUUGAAUCAUUCAUCAACUAACAGCGAUUUGUCAGACCGUAAACUAACGUACACUCAUCCAUGUGUCGAGGGCUGUCAACAUUUGACAGUGACAGUUCUCAAGACGACUUGAGGUAUGUGUAAAUCGGCUUAAAGCUUUUCACAAAUAUUUAUACAUUUAACACUGAUUAAGAUUUUGUAAUCCGUGUAAAACUUGUAUGGCGAAUGUAAUUUUUGUUUGGUUCAAAACAGCAACCUCACAGUAAUAUGCGUGAGAAAAUUUUGUGCCAAUAAUCGAAUUUGUCUUAAUAAACAUUUUGAUAUCUUA